AUGAAUAACAACUCACAGAAUUUACGUUUACCCGAGCAAAUACAUCGCUUUUAUAAUUUUCGUAUACCUGAGCUACAGAAGUAUCUGCGAGAUAGAGGCGUGACAGUUACAGGCUACAACAAAGAGGUUUUGAGAGAAAUAGCUAUCGCUGUCGAUAAACUUCGAUUGCCCGUGGACCCCGAUUUUAGUCGCGAAUCUGUGGAAGUUUGUAUUGAGAAAAAACUACUAAAAGCCGGCCUUACAGGUGUAAACCCUUUUGAAUUGGAUGGUUAUACCAAGGAUUUCAGCUGUAUACCAGAAUUUGGACUCAUUGAUAUAUUCAAUUACCUUAUUUUUGCCAAGGCUGAUCUUGAUGGGAAGAAACUGAAAAGUUACAAGUCGUUCGAGGACUACAGACUUUACUAUGACGGCCACGUUGAAUUUCUCAUGUACAAUCCAGUUAGUGAUACCUCCAAAACGUGCCUCUUCAAAGCUAAAGUCAAGCCUACACAAAGGGACAAAACAUACCUACAGAAAGAGUUUUAUGACUUAUGGUUUGCAGUGGAAAAGGAAGAUGGUUUUGUUAUAACUGGCUAUUGUGAAUGCAAAGGAGGACCACGACAACAAGAUGUAGCCAUACCAAUUCGCAACUUACAACUUGUUAAACCUCAGUAUGGAAUGGCCCCACCAAACACAUCUAAACCUCAUAGUGACAUGUUUGAACCUCGAAGCACUGAACAUCGCUCAAAUACAACAUGGGAACAGAAAAUAAAAUUUGGUUUAAAAUUACAACAGAUUUCUGAUAAUGCCCAAGCCCUUGAUCUCUUACUGGAUCCAGAUACUAUCAGACCAUCAUUACAACAGAAUUCUGCUCCUGACAUUGUAAAUCUUUCAAUUUUCGAAAAAAAAUUUCCAAAAUUGACCAAAAUCUUCCACCUCCUAUUAAAUGGGGCAGACAGAAAGAACCAGUGGCACGUGCAAUGUACCAUCGAUGCUUCAAGCGAAAUCAUAGAAACUUCAGAGUUAUAG